CCACCUGUCCCAGAAAAGCUAGUGUAAAGGUUUAUCUGUCAGCUACAACAAGUCAGCUCGAGCGAAGAUAGCCACGUACUGCAACAGCACAGUCGAUACCGUUUAGAGAUGAAGUGUCCUGCCUGUAAACAUCACAAUUUGGAGAAGGAAGCAAACUUCUGCUGUAAAUGUGGUAAUAAGUUACAGUCACAACCUGCUGUCACACAAGAUCCAGAUGCUGCUGCCACUGACAGCACUGCAGAGAAUAAUGAUAAACCACGAAAAUGUCCAAAUGAAGAGACAAAUACUAAAAGAAAGAGAAAAAAAAGGAAGAAAAGCAAGAAGAAGAAAGAUGACGAUAUGGCAACAGACCCCGAACAAUCCGAUUUGUCGCUUGUUCCAACUGAUGACAACAAAGACACAAGACCUCAAGCAGGAGAUGGGUCUGAUAGUGAAAGCUCAGUAUCAAACCAAGAGUUUUCAUCUUUCGAAGACCAGUCCACUUCAGGAAAGCUAGCCACUAGUGACAGUACUGACGUGUUAAUGAAAAGUCCAGAAAGUCCACUCCCACCAAGUGAAUCUAUGGAAGAAGAUAAAACCGGACCAGAUGGUAAUAGUGCCAGUACAUCUGACAACAUGCAGGUUGUGUAUGAAAAGGUGACUAUGGUAAAAGAAAAUGCCCAGGGUGAACAGACGCAAGAGAACACUCAAACCCAACCACUAACUGAUGGCAAAGCUGCACCAUUACCACAUCCUAAUUCUGAUAAAAGCACCAAAGCUAAUGAUCAGAGCGAUAACAAGACAAACAAAAAGGGUUCAUCCACCUCCAAUCAACCACAACAGGAUCAAAGUGCAAAGGAAACUAAUGCAAAACUGACUCAGGAGAUUAAGCCAAAGGAGGAAAAGCAGCUCCCACCAAGUCAACCAAUAGUAAAAGAUAAAACCAACAUGAAUCAAAGUGCAUCAGAUGAUGGUACCAAUGUUGCAUCUGAAGACACCCAAACUGUUAAUGAGAAAACAACAGCAAUUCUAAAAGGAAAUUCAGAAAAACAGAGUAAAGAGGGUGACCAGACACAGAAUCAGAGUAAAGGGUCUAGAGUUGAUGAGAAGUCUAAAAAAGCACAGGGCAACACUCCACCCAGUCCAACCCACAAUACAGCUCCAGAAGUAACACAGCCCAAUCCUGAUCAAGGGACCAAGUCUAAUAACCAGGACAACAGGACAAACAUGAAAAAUGCCAGAAACAAGAAUGACUCUGACUCCAAUCAACAGAAACUGGACCACAAUGCAAAUGCAGAACCAAAUGAAAAACAGACUAAACAACAAAACAAACAGGAGAAAAAGAAACCAAAUCAAACGCAAUCAAAAAAUGCCAAUCCGAAUAUGGUUUUUGGACCACAAGUGUACACAGAGGCUCGAAGUUCAGGCUCGAGUGUAGAUCCACCAACUAGAGAAGCAGAAAACAUGGAGCAGUUAACAGAUCAUCAGACAUCAAAACCCUCUGACCCAAGCGAAGGCAGUAAAGACAGGAAUGCUAGCGGGAGAGGAUCCACAGAAGAUGCUCCAAUACCCAAAAAGCCAAUUGAAACCAUGACUGUUCCUUCCCACAACAGACUCACAAUAUAUUUUCAUGCAAUUCUCUCAAAGGAUUUUGAAUUUAAUCCUGUUGAGGAUCACAUCUUUAUCAGGGCUGGAAAUUGUCUUGGUACUUGGAAGGAAGAUCUUGCUGAGCUUUGUGUUAUCAAGGAUCUUGAAAAGCAUGGUUUUCUUGUUGCGGGCACUUUAAUAGCCCCUAAAUCUGACGUUUCACGUAUGUCCAUACCAUAUAAAUAUGUUGUUUAUAAAAACAAAGAGUAUGUGUAUGAACACAUUUACAAGUUGGAUUCUCAACAAGCAAACAGAUGUUUGUUUGUGAAACCACAUCUCCUUAAUGAAGAUGGGGACUGGCAUCAAUAUGAUGACAUCAUUUGUGCUCCACCAUCCAAGUGGAAACGCUUUAAAGACAAAAUUUGGCCUGAACAAAAGAAGAGUCUUCUUAAUGGCAGAAAAAUCGCUGGAAACACAAUGUUGGAAAUGAUCUUUGAUCUCCUUAAAAGUUGGUCUGAUAAAAAUGUAAGAAGUUUUCACUCACAAUUGCACCAGUUUUUUCAGAUUUACUCUGAACCAUUUGUAUUUGAAGAACAACAAAAGAGAUGGUACACUUUGGAUUAUGGGCCUGAUGAUGUUAAGGAAUUGCUCAAGGAAUUUAUGCUGAACAAUGUAGUUCCCCAGUUACAAAACGAUGUGAAAAAAGAUUCCAAAAUACAAGACUCCUUAAAGUCGGCUGUUAUUAUGGUCUAUGUGCAUAAGGAGUUUGAUAUAAAACUGAAAAACAAUGAACUAUGUCGUCUCUGUCAUCAACUGUGUCUCCCUAAUUUAAACAAAGAGGAUUUUCUUCAGUAUUGGACCACAUUUUCCCAAGACUUUUGCUUUUUUAAAAAGCUUCCAGAUAUGUUAUUAUCAUUGAUAAAUGAUGUGAAAAAAGAACAAAUGCCCCAUUGGAUUCUAGUGUUACCAAUGCUCCACUUGCUUAAAGGAGCAACUAAGCCAUUUGAGAAUAAAUUGUCUCAAAACUUGAAUCAUGUACCAUCAUGGACAGGCUUGGAUGGCAUUGAUGGUUUGAAAGACCUUAUGAACAUGAACAGUCAACAGAGAAAAGCAAUACAAAAUCUUAUGAGGGACCAUUGCCAUCUGUUAGAGGUGGAUACACUUUUGGUGCGAUCUUUCCUAUAUCUGAUGUCACUUGAUGAAACUUUGGAGUGCAUCAACUUUGUGAAACCUGACCUACUGGUUUUGCUUCAGCUUUAUAUUGUCAAAGGUUCACAGGAUAUUUCAUUCACAAAUUUUGAGACUUUGAGCGCUAUAAUAACAUGUAUCACACAAAAUCUUAUUGAAGAAAAAUACAGUCUCUUUUCUGAGGAUUAUGGGAGAGAAUGUAUGAAAACUGCAGUAAAAAUGCUGGAUCAGAUUUGCAAAGCAGUCAAACCAACAACAUAUGGCCUAAAAAACACAGAUAUUGUUGUUGCUUGCAUGAAUCUGAUGGCUUCAGUAUUUGACUUUGUUUUCUCUAACCUCCCACAGGAGACGAAAGCAGAGGAGAAAGACCAGCAAAUGAGAGACUUGGUAUUCUCUGCUCUGAAGAUCACAAGAGACUGGAUCAGUCGUUCCUUCAGUAACAGCCUACUAAACAGAGGAAUUUUCUCUCUCUAUCAAGUGAAGGGGUCGAGAGAGAUUGAAAUGUGGAAUAACAUAAUCUCCAUCCAGUUCAAAGAUGAUUGUUGUACUACAGAGUGGAGAGAAAGGUUGUUAAAAGAUUUUGAAGACCAAUAUAAAAAGGCAUCUCCUUUAGAUCAGGUUGAAUACUACUGCAUAAACAUAGAUGAGUUGUUCCAUUCAUAUUCAUAUGUUGCUACAAAUAUAGAAAAGUGUGCACUGGAUGCUGUUACUCAUUUGUGCCAGCACAAAUCAGAGGGCAAGCUGUUUGAGAGGGUUACAAUCAGUAUGAAAUUCAGCAGACUGAUCACUGCUAUAAUUGAGAAAUCAUGGCCGUCUAAUUCUCAAGGAAAAGAUAUGGAAGAAGUGAUCCUUAAACACCUCCUCUCAUGGAGUGCUGCCAAAAACAUUUUUCACCUUUAUGUUGCUGAGGGGGGAAUGACUGGAAAUCUUUCAGUGGAAGCAAAUGAAAAAAUUGCUGUGGCCAUUUCAUUAUUUUCUGCUGUUGUAAAUCAGUUGGUCAUUGGAAACAUUAAGAUUAGCUUGCUCAAAAUAAUUCUGGAAAACAACACUACAUUCUUAGAUUUGAUAAAGAUAGACCGCCUUUCUGAGAAGCAACAAUACAGAGAUACAGCUAAAAUGAAAAGGCUUUUGCAGCAGAGGCAAUGUGAAGUUAGAGCUGUGUACCAUGAGAAACACCUGGUGGAUAUUUUGAUAAGAAUGGGCCACAAACUUGAGGAAUUUAUGACAGUGGACGUUGCUGACAUCGGGAAAAAACAUCAGGUCAACAUUGAAGAAAUGCCUUUAAAUCAUUUUAUGGAGGUUCAUCUCUUUGAUCAAAUAUCCUCGGACAAGGCUGGAGCUGACACCUACUUUCAAUUGGAUGAAUGUGUCAGAGACAUGGCAGAGAAAAUGCACACAUUUGGAGACAGUCAUAUCUUCCAAGUGUGUUGGGAUGAACAUGUGACAGCUUUUGUGGAGGAGGAAAGUUCUGACAAUGAAGAAGAGGAAGAUGUUUCUCUGAAAAGAAUAUAUGAAAAUAUUUUUUUGGUUUGUUUUAAUCAAUACAAGAAAAUCUAUUGUUCUCUUAAGGAUGGCAGUAUUAGACUUGAGAAGGUCAAUAACCUCUUCAGAGAUUACAAGGGAAAUUAUGAAAAAUUGUCACAGGACCUGGAGAUCAUGUGUGGUCUUGAUCGCUAUGAUGACAAACAGUGGGUUCACAUUCGUGUUCAACAGAUUGAACAGUUCCAUGAGCUUCACCUGGCUGUGGCUUCAGCAGAGAUCAUCAUGACAGUGAAAAAUAGCCUUGGUCUCCAGGGCGACUUCAGCGCUCUGGAGAACCUCAUAAAUGUUAAUCCAUCAAACUUGAAAACAGUGCGGCUUAAGCAAAUUGACAAUAAUUUGAUUCAAGCGAAAAAGGAUCUGGUGGAUAUAACUGAAGUCCGCAAAAACUGUUUGCAUGAACUGGGACUUUGGAGGAACUUUGUCCACUGGGUCAAAGAGGCCCUUGAAGAUAUCAAUGAAUUGAAGGUGUUUGUUGACCUCGCCUCCAUCUCCGCUGGAGAGAAUGACAUGGAUGUGGACCGGGUUGCUUGUUUCCAUGAUGCCGUCCUUGGAUACUCGUCUAUGCUUUAUGAACUAAAGCAAGACUCAGAUUUUCACAUUUUCAAAACUGUGGUCCAGAAACUUUGGAGGGCUUUAGAGAAUGAUUGCAACCUGCCUAAUAAACUGCGUGACAGUGCUCGUCAUCUUGAAUGGCUGAAAACUGUGAAAGACAGCCAUGGCUCAGUGGAGUUGUCGUCUCUUUCUUUAGCUUCAUCCAUCAACAAAAAGGGGAUCUAUAUCAUCAGUGCACAACAUGGAAAAAGGCUAAGUCUUGAUGAGGCCCUAAAGCUCCAGAUCACAGAGGACCAUGAUGGUGACCGACAGAUGAGAAAUUAUUCUCUUGAUGAUCUGAGAGAACUGCAGAACAAACUUAUGCUUAUGUCUGGGAAGGGAGACCAGGGGCAGCAUGAAGUGGAUCAUUUCACAGAGGUUUUUGACAAUGUUCAGAGACUGUCUGAGGCCUUUAUCGCACUGUACACAGCUGGUAAUCCUCUCUUCAGACAAUGGGAAGCACAGAUUAGUUGCUGCACAAAUACUAAUGACCCCAGUAUUAUGAUGGACUUCCACCUCGACGGUGCUUUCAGUGCAGUUAUUAUUGAGGGCAGCCUUGAGGAACAGCUUCCAGAGCUUUGUAGGAGAAUUGAGAAAUGUCUUAAAUUCUGGAUGGAUUUUGUGGAUAAACAAAGAUCACAGCACUACUAUCUCAAUUACUACACAGCUGAACAGAUUGUAUACCUAUGUAAUCACCUCUCUCAACAAAAUGUGUCCAGUGUAGAUGACCAAGCUCUGAUGAUGCUCUCUUUUGUCAAGCCUGACUGCUCUUCCAUGGACCUGAGACAUGUGUGGCACAAGCUCCAGUAUGACAUUCUUAAUCAGCCACAAGAACAAAAUGAGGACAUUGAGUUCCAGACAUUUACAAUGGUAGAAAGUGGGUUUACUGUUAUUAACAGUGACUUUGACCUCUUACCAUCACUAAUACAACAAGCAUGUGGGCUGCAGAAGUUUGAUCUAAUAUGGAAUUCUUACAUGAAAGACAUGAAGAGUUCACUGCCUGAUGUUCUUGAUUUGCGGACGCUUGGACGACUGUUGGAAAUACUUGCAAACAAUGUGACAGAGGGUGAAAGUGAUGAAGAUAUUUCAGAUGAAAAUAUUACAAUGUAUGUUUGCAGAGAACUUCCAAAUGGGUUAAAUGUUGGAAAACCAAAUCUGGUUGUUUGUCCACAUGAGGAUAUCUUGAAAUCUUGCAUCUCCACCUACAUGAGCAGCAAAAAUGAGUCACUACCAACUGUUGACGAAGUGCUUCUGUGUACCUCCACUACACCUUAUGAACAAGUAGAGCUCUUCCUAAGACGCUGUCUCAACCAUGGGUAUAAAGGAUACAAGAUCUACUCACUGCUGUAUGCAGAUGCACUGACAUAUGACGUGAGCUCUAAAGUUGAGAGCUUUUUUCAGCGCAUAAAAAUCCAAAGUAGAAGAGACUACAAGCUCGUGAUAUUCUGCAGGUCAGAAAAAGAGCAUGCUUAUCUUCCAUCUGCCUUUAGCCAGUACAAAGUACACAUGGUUCCCCAGGCUCCACUAGCAAAGAUUCAGGAAUAUCUGCAUGACCAUUAUGUUGUCCCUGAGGUCCAGUGUAGUGCUGCAGCAGUUUUUAAAGACAGGCUGUGUGUUGGUAUCGUCUCAUCUGCAAGAGCUGGUGUGGGUAAAUCUCUUUAUAUUAAGAGGCUGUAUCAAAAACUAAAGCAGUCAACCAAGAAGACUACAGUUAUGAAAUGCAUUCGCUUGACUGAGCCCACUGUCGAUGAGGAUGCUGUUCUCCAGUCUCUUCUGAACCACACAGAGAGGAGAGCCCUCACAGUGUUUCAUUUUGACAUUACAUCAUCGGUUCAACGUGGUCUUCAUGAGUUUCUUUUCAAGCUCCUGUUUUUGCGCUAUCUCAAGGACUCUGAGGGGAAGGUGUGGAAAUGCAAUGAGAAGCAGCUGUAUGUAGUGGAGAUCUUGGAGCGAUCCAAAGCCACAGCAACUCAAGCUCAGAAAUCAUCAUUCACAGAUGUGUUUCCAAAUAUUUUCUGCCGACCUCCGAAGGAGGUACUAGAAAUAGAGCUGAGGAAAAACGAUGACCCCACUAUUUUUAAUAGUGAAGAUCCAUUGAUGGAUGAUGAAGAGUUCAGAAGUGCUGCCUUUCAGCGACCUUAUCAAUAUCUCACUCGAUUUCAUAAUCAUGCUGAUCUGGAUAGGUUCACAUAUAAGGGAGUCAAAGGCUCACAUGGGGAAUGUCUUCAGAUGCUUCUUAUGCACUGUGGAAUCAUGAACCCGUCCUGGGCAGAACUACGAAACUUUGCAUGGUUUCUCAAUCUACAGCUCCAAGACUGUGAGACAUCUGUCUUCUGUGAUGCUGAGUUUAUUGGAGACACUCUUGUAGGAUUCAAAAGAUUUGUUGUAGACUUUAUGAUUUUGAUGGCUAAAGAUUUUGCCACUCCAUCACUUAGUAUUUCUGACCAGAGUCCUGGCACGCCACAUGUGGAUCUGACUGGUGUGAGAGAAGAAGACCUGGCACCUUUCCUUAUUCGGAAGAGAUGGGAAACAGAACCACAUCCAUAUAUCUUUUUUAAUGAUGAUCAUGUGUCCAUGACCUUUAUAGGUUUUCACCUUCAACCCAACGAUCACAAUGCUGUUGAUGCCAUAGAUCCUGCUUCAGGAAGAGUCAUUAAGAGAAAUGUUAUGACUAAACAGCUGUAUAACAGCCUACGGCUGCAGAGAGUGCCGUUUAACAUUGACUUUGACCGACUUCCAAGAGGAGAGAAAAUAGAGCGAAUGUGUAAUGUUCUUGGUAUCCAGUGGCCUCUGGACCCAGAUGAAACUUAUGAGCUGACCACAGACAACAUUCUCAAGAUACUUGCAAUCCACAUGCGCUUCAGGUGUGGCAUUCCAGUUAUCAUCAUGGGAGAGACGGGAUGUGGGAAAACAAGGCUCAUCAAGUUUCUUUGUGAGUUACGAAAAAGUGGAAUGGCUACAGAAAACAUGAAAUUGGUCAAAGUCCAUGGUGGCACAACCUCACGCAUGAUCUAUGCCAAAGUCAAAGAAGCAGAAACUAUGGCUGCAAUCAACAAACAGGACUAUAGCUUUGAUUCUGUUCUAUUCUUUGAUGAGGCAAACACCACGGAGGCCAUCAGCAGCAUCAAGGAGGUCCUUUGUGACAAGACUGUUCAAGGAGAAGCUCUGACAUCAGGCUGUGGUCUACAGAUCAUAGCAGCAUGCAAUCCAUACCGCAAGCACACAGAUGAGAUGAUAGAGAGACUAGAAUCUGCCGGUCUAGGAUACAGAGUUCGAGCAGAGGAAACGGAUGAAAAACUUGGAUCUAUUCCACUACGGCAGUUAGUGUAUCGAGUGCACGCCUUACCUCCAAGCAUGAUCCCACUUGUGUGGGACUUUGGGCAGUUAAAUGAUGACACGGAGAAGAUUUACAUUCAGCAGAUUGUACAGAGAGUGGUUCAAUGUCAUGCCAUCAGUGCAGUUUACAUAAAAAUUAUUGUGAAUGUCCUCUCAGCCUCUCAGAAAUAUAUGCGCAAAAGAAAAGAUGAAUGCAGCUUUGUGAGUCUCAGAGAUGUGGAACGAUGCAUGCAGGCUUUUGUUUGGUUUUUCGACAAUCAUGCCACAUUCUUUGAUGAGAUUGACAAGUUUAAUUUGAAUCAAAGCAGUGAAGACAGAAAUGCCGUACUAUGGUCUUUAAUUAUGGCCAUAGGGGUGUGCUAUCAUGCCUGUCUUGAGAACAAGGACGGCUAUAGGCAGAAAAUCUCCAGAAGCCUACCACGAGAAUACAUCCCACAAAAGAUAAAGCAAGAAAUCACACUCAUGCAAGAUCUACUUCUCAGUGGGGUUCCUAUGGGAGAUACAAUUGCAAGAAACAAUGCCCUGAAAGAGAACGUCUUCAUGAUGGUGCUCUGCAUUGAGCUUCGAAUCCCACUUUUUUUAGUUGGAAAACCUGGAAGCUCAAAAUCUCUAUCUAAAACUUUGGUGGCUGAUGCAAUGCAAGGUCAAUCUGCCCAUUCUGACAUUUACAAAAGGCUCAAACAGAUCCACUUAGUGUCAUUCCAGUGUAGCCCUCACUCUACCCCAGAGGGAAUUAUCAAUACCUUCAAGCAGUGUGGACGCUUCCAGGAAGGAAAGAAUUUGAAGGAGUACAUUUCAGUUGUGGUCCUUGAUGAGAUUGGUCUGGCUGAGGACUCUCCAAAAAUGCCUCUUAAAACUCUCCAUCCAUUGCUUGAAGAAGGAUGCAUUGAUGAUGAACCCCUGCCUCACAAAAAAGUUGGAUUCAUCGGAAUAUCCAACUGGGCUUUGGAUCCAGCAAAAAUGAACAGAGAUUUUGUUUCCCGGGGUGAUCCUGAUGAGAGAGAGCUUGUUGAAAGUGCCAAGGGUAUAUGCUCAUCUGAUAAAAGGGUUCUAGAAAUGGUGAGAGAUUUCUUCACAUUUGCUAAAGCCUAUUUAGAGAUCUGUCAAAGGCAAGGCAAUGGUUUCUUUGGCCUCCGCGAUUACUACAGCUUAAUUAAGAUGAUUUUUGCUGUUGCCAAGACAUCUCAGAGGAAACCCCGUCCAGAGGAAAUCAUGAAGGCAGUUUUGCGCAACUUCAGUGGAAGAGUUGAUAUAGAUGCUGUCUCUGUUUUCAAAGAUAAACUGCAAAUUGCGUCAAACCUGGCGAGCAUCAGUGCAAUAGAGUUUGUGAAAGAAAAUAUUCAAGCUGUCGGACAGGAUGAAGAGUGUCGUUAUUUGCUGGUACUGACCAAAAACUAUGCAGCUCUUCAAAUCCUUCAACAAACCUUCUUCAAAGAAAGUGGUCAACCAGAAAUUAUCUUUGGCUCUAGCUUUCCAAAAGAUCAGGAAUACACCCAAAUCUGCCGCAACAUCAACAGAGUUAAGAUCUGCAUGGAGACUGGGCAAACUGUUGUGCUUCUAAACUUGCAGAACCUCUAUGAAAGCCUCUAUGAUGCUCUAAAUCAGUACUAUGUCUUCUUGGGUGGACAGAAGUAUGUAGAUCUUGGAUUGGGGACUCACCGAGUCAAGUGCAGGGUCCACAAAGACUUUAGACUCAUUGUCAUUGAGGAAAGAGAGGUAGUCUACAAACAGUUUCCUAUUCCUCUCAUCAACAGACUGGAAAAACACUUUCUGGACAUCCACACUGUCCUCAAAGCUGAACAGAAAACAACUGUCCAAGAGCUGGAGAAUUGGGUGGAGCUUUUUGUUUCUUUGAGCAGUCAGCAGAGAGCCAUUGUUCAGGUGCACAAGUACAAACCCGCAGAGGUCUUUAUUGGCUACCACUCUGACACAUGUGCCUCUGUGGUGCUCCAAGUGCUGGAGAAUCAAAAUGACACAGUGGAAAUGAUUGAUCUAGAAAAGAAAGUUCUGAAUGAGGCUAAACUCAUACUCCUUAAAUGCGCCACACCAGAUUCAGUGGUUCGUUUGGACUGCAGUGACCUUCCCCGAGGAGAGAGUGAGCAUCUAGCCAAAGUCUACAGUGAAGAGCAGAAUACUGGAUGUUUAUCAGACUAUAUACUAGCUCAUGUUAGGGAGGAACAGUUUGGCAACACCUUCUUCACUGAGGUGACAACAUUUUCAAGACUUCUGACAGCAUCUGACUUGAAAUCACUGGAGCAAAAUGGUUUAAGUGCUGAACUUCUGUCAGUCCAGCAGUUUGACACUGAGCACUCCUUCUUAAAAAGAUCAGGUUAGUGAAAAUGUGUACAGUCUUUUGUAUCUAGAAACUUCCUAACAGCUGGUCCAUACAAUUCUGAACCAAACAUCAAGAUACUCAUCAUUCAGUGCGAUUAUGAUGAAGCUUCUCACAGUGUCAAUCUUAUUGCAUCUGCAAAGUACUCGUCCAUAAAUGAAAUCACAAAGAUUGUCCUAGGGAACACAGGCCACAAAGUGUUUGUAUACUUCAUUUCAAGACUGCCAAGAAUGAUCGGAGGGACUUCCUAUGUUGGCUUUCAUGGGGGACCUUGGAGAUCAGUUCAUAUUGAUGAUCUUAGAAGAUCAAAUGAAAUAGUUUCUGACAUCAAAAUCCUGCAAAGAAUGACAAUCAGUCAGUUGUUUGAGACCAAUAUUAAUGAACCUGAAGCCAUGGAGGUAGAUGAUGACAUGUACAUGGAGACAGAACAGGAGAACACAGAGUCUGAGAAGAGUCCAAAUGGGCUGGAUUCUGUCCUGGACACGGCAACACUGGUGCGGAGCUGUGUGCAGAGUGCAGUCGGGAUGCUGAGGGAUCAGCUGGAGAGUGGCUUCCGCAGCACUCGCAGAGUGGAGAUUCUGCUCACUCUUCUUGAUGGCGAUGAUGAAAUUAAAGAAGGGUUUAACAAAAUAAUAAAGAGACAUCUUCAUGUUUUAUUGGCCACCCAUGUUGACACCACCUUUUCAAUUAAAAACAACUGGGUCAUGAGGGAGGCCUCCAACAUUGACGCCCUGCAAGAAGGAGGGACUUUCAGGAACACCUUAUGGAAACGCAUUCAGGCUAUGGUGGUCCCUAUGUUGGCUCACCUAGUCGCAAUCAGCGACCGUGACCAAAACUUGGAUUUACUGUUGGACACAAACAGUGGAACUUCUCUUAAAAAGCUGUGGUUAAACAUUUUUGGUAAUGACAAGCUUCUUAAAAUCUCACCAUUAAGCCAAGACCCCAACUCUGAGAACAGAACUAUCCUGGUCCAAAACUACAUCACUCCAAAGAUGAGGAUUGGGUGCAGCAUGCCCUUUAGCUGGAGGAUCAGAGAUUACCUGGAGGACAUGUGGGUUCAUGCUCUCCAGCACGAAGGCCAAACAGAACUGCAGUUUGAUGAAUUCUUCUGGAAAACUCCAUUGGGGCUUUUCAUUGGAAAAGAAGACCAUGACACACAGGCAGAAUUCUACCGUCGAUAUCUACAGGAUUAUGUCUCCCUGACCAUGAAUGUAGCCUGUGAAGAAGAGAUGCAGCUCCUGAGUGGUGCUUUGAACUGCUGUGUGAAUGAACUGAAGAUAAAACUGGAAGCCACAGAUAGAUCCACAUGUCUGUCCUGGAUUCACGCUGCUUAUCACAAGUUCAAGAACAGACUGCAGAACCUCUCCAGGAUCAUCUGCUUAGAACCACGAGUCAUUGGACACUUCUUAAGAAAUCCUAAUUCUACAGAUGGACCUGAAAUGGUUCUGGAUGUCUAUGCUGCUUUUGCUUGUGUGGAACAUCUGGAGCCUACAGAUCUGAACACAGAUGAACAAAGACAAACUUGGCUCAGGCAGGUUCAUAAACUCCAAGUCCCCAUUGAACUAGUGUGCUCUGAAGACAGUGUGAGAGACUAUGGAGAGAGAAGCAAGACAAUUGUCACCAGAGUGCAGUCUGCUUGGAAUCGGAUAUUUUGUCUUUCUUUAUUUGUGGAGCACAUGUUGCUGAGCAUUGAAGAGCUAAAUGACAAGCUGGUCCCUAUAGUUUUAGAGCACAUGCGGAGACUUUGGCAGAUUUUGGAAAGGAACACCAACUUGAAAACAAAAGACACAUUUGAAACAGUGAUUGGUUUACUAAAAAGCUGCAAAGAUGGAGCUGUUGAUUCCAUCUUCAGGUCUGGUCUGCCUCGGUGUUCAGUGUGUAUUGGAGACCCUCAGGACCCAGUCUGCCUCCCUUGUGAGCACAUCUACUGUUUGAACUGCAUCAGACAGUGGCUUGCUCUAGGGCAGAUGUACUGUCCAUACUGCAUGCAGCCAGUUAACGAUGACUUUACAGUCAUUUCUUCCAAUGCCAUAAGGGAUAAAAUAAAUAUACACGCACAGUUUAGAAGGCGUUGCAAUGCUUUCUUUGUGGAGCUGGUGUCAUCCAUGUGUUUCAAAGAUAACUCCCCGCCAAGUCCAGAGGUUAUUCAUGAUCUACUGUCAUUUCUCAUGCACCAGGAAAAUUCUGCACCAAUACCUGGAGCACAAAGAGGGAGACAGAUUGUUACAAAGGAGUUUUCACCAUUUGCUGAAUCUCUUGAUAAAAGCCCGGUGGUUCGUUCAGUAGUGCUCAAACUCCUCUUGAAGUACAGUUUUGAUAAAAUCAAGAAGUACUUGAAGCAUCAUCUCGAAGUUGUAGAGGAAAGCAACUUAUUGGACAAUACAGAGAAGACUGAACUCUACUUGUUGUACAUAAAUUGUUUUGAGGACUCCAUGUUUGAGAAAUUGUGCAUUAAGGAUGAAAGUGACUUCCUUGAUGUCCUGUCUAGAGACCGCCAGUCUCUUAAUUCAGCCACUAUAGAGUCACUGCAGCAAGUGGCAAGAGUUCGCUUGGACCUGGACAUGGCUGCUAGUCUCAUUACUGAAGGAACCACAACCACAGAAACUCAGGAACGUCAGGCAUUCAGUGUUUUCCUGAAAAGUGUGAAGCACUUGUGCACACAGAGUAAGAACGACUGGUAUCGUAUUUAUUUAAUUCGGAAAAUUGGAACUCAACAUGGAGUCGAGCAUGUCCAGAGCCUCCUCAAAGUUCAUCAAAUGAGUUGGCUUUUCCCUGAGGAAAUUCUACAAAAGGCUGAAGAGGCCCCAAUGGACCUGUUUCUUGUGUGUGGUCCUGAAUAUCAAACCAUCCGAAAUGCUGUUGAAAAGGUAAUUCUGGAUGGCACAGUGGAUGGCCUGGAUCAGACUUGUGAGAGGUGCAGAUGUGCAAAUCAAAGCAGAGCAGUUUUUCUGCUUCUAGCACUGUACAGAGAAGUCACCACAUGGUACAGAGAACCCAGUCCAAGUCUUCAUCCCAAACCUGAGCAAUUAGACCUGUGGAUGAGCUACAUUCAGAAUUCUAAAGUGCUCACUUACCCCGGAGUUAAAGAUUUUGCCCAGGCUCUGGUCUCAAAUCAGCUUGGACCUUUAACUCUCACACCCGCACUCUCUAGAACUCAGUGCGUCUUUAUUGAACUCACUGUUCAUCUGGCUGCUGUGCUGCUCUGUGGAAACCAGCACAUUUUGGGCCCUCUGAAGCAGUUAGCCCUGGCUCCUGCCACCAUGCAGGGGGCGUUCUUACCCAGCAUGCCAGAAGAUAAGGUUACAAUGGCACAGCAAGCUAUGGGGACAGGCUUGCACUGGUACAAUUGUCCGAAUGGCCACCCAUGUGCUAUUGGAAAUUGUGGUAGGCCCAUGGAAAUAAGUCGCUGUGUGGACUGUGGAGCAAUAAUAGGUGGACGAAAUCAUGUGCCACAGCAAGGCUUUCAACAGGCUCAGUUACUGGGUGACCGCACUCAGAGGGGCCAUGUGCUCGGUGACCCUAGGCGCAGAGACCAUCCUGACAUGUUGGACACAAAGAGUCUUUCCCCUGUUUCUUUUGCUAUUGUCCGUAUGGUCACACACAUGACUAUGUUGUUUGGUCUAUGCAAAAACACACAGAUUAUCUCGGCCAUGAUCUGGCCCCAAGUUGGUGACCCAGGAAAGUUUCUCCUUGCUCACCUGAGAGAGGAUCAGAAACAUCUGACCAAAUCUCUUGGAAAAGGAGCAGAUGAUACAGUCAGCUCUGUCCAUCUGAUCAUCAGCAGCCUCCUUCAUCCUCCUCAGCAACAAACAUGGCCAGUUGGUUUUGACAAUCAGCUCUCCACCAAUACAGCCAGAAAUAAUUGGGAAAUUGAGAUGAGCAACAUAAUUGCUUCACAAUUUAAGAACCUGGACAGGCAGCUAAAGGAGGUGAACGCAUUCAUUCGCUCUGAUGAUCGCAUUUCUGCCAGUCCAAUCACGAAAGUCAUGUUCGGAGACCCUCAGCUGUUUUUGGGCUCUAUGCCAGAAAAGUCUUUGAUCCAUUGUUCCACUGUGUGGAGCUGUAGGGAGAAAGUAUCUCUUUUAGGACUUACACACAUUUUAGAGCAGAGUGAUGGCAGAGACACAUUACCAGUCCUCUGGAAAUUCCUCCACAGGGAAGCUGAGUACAGACUGGUGAAAUUCCUCCCUGACAUUUUGACUCUUCAAAAAAAUCUGGUCAAACAGUUUCAAAACGUCAGUGAGCUCUGCUCCACAAUUGCAGAUUUUCUGCAACGUCAGCAAUCAGUUCCCCUAAAGGCCUGGUACGAGAAGCAUAUCAACAUUGUUUUGACUACCUGGAAUCAGCUUAGAGUGUUUUUGGCAACCAAUGGUGAGAUAAACCUCCACCUGCUUUCGGCGAGAGGGACUUGGACCUGCACUGUGACUUUGGGGGUGCUGUUACCCAGUCGCCGUGGACCAGGACUCUGCUCCACGGCCCUUGUCAGUUAUCUCAUCUCCCUGCACAAUGACUUGGUUUACAGUGUGGACAAGCUCACUGGCAGGAGGACCACCAGUUAUAAAGUGGGCCCAGCUGAUCUGACUGACCUCCAUGUGAUCCGCUACGAGCUGGACAGAGACCUCAUGCCCCUGGUUCUGUCCAACACACAAUACAGCAUUGAGAAAGGCCAGGAGACAGUGCACGAGUAUGACCUGCCUAAAAUCCAGCAGCAGAUUGUGUCACGCUUUCUAUUAGGCAAACCUCUUAUCACUCUAAAAGGCAUUCCUACUUUAGUACACAGACAUGACCGUAACUAUGAGAUAAUCCUGAAGGACGUAAAGGAAAAGAUCAAACAAGAACCUCUCCAAACCCUCACGCAGUGUGCUGUGAGCACAGAGCUGGACUCUUACAGUGAGGUGUGUGAGGCCUUGUCCACAGUGGAAAUUGCUCUUGGGUUUCUUGCCAUGUCUGGGGGAGAUCCCUGUAUGCAGUUAUCUUGUUACCUGGAAGAGGUGCUGAAAAUGGCAAAUCAAACCCCUCCACAUAUCCUCAAGGCCUUGAGUAUGUGUUCUCUUAAGCAUUGCGCUGCACUAUGGCAGCUGCUUGGGUCUCUCAAAUCACAAGGCCUGCUCAAACUUAAGAGGGAUCCAUUUGGAGAUGUUUCUGAGGAGUACAAGCAGGAUCUCGGAGUGGACGAGCGCAGGCUGCUGACUGGCUUCUUCUCCAAAAACAGUGCUGACUCUUUCCUGCUGGAGAUGCAUGAGUUCCUGAUACUACUGCUCAGCAAGCCCAGGGCUACAGACACCUUCAAACCUGAGUGGGGUCUAAAAGACACGCUGGUGUCCUACAUGGAGCGCAAAGACAUGGAUGUUCCCCCUGAUGUGGAGGAGCUGUUCCCAGAGGAAAUUUCUUUGUCUCAUUAUGUUGAAGCUUGGAAAUUCUGUGUCAGUUUCAAACAGGAGAGGACAUUAAGAAUUUAAGACAAAAUUCACUUGAUGUUAAUAUUCCUCAAGUCAUGUUUACAAUUAUUAUGAAUCAACAUGGUUGAUUUAGGCAAAAGAUUGUGGGAUAAGUGGUCACUUUUUUUUCCUAGUUCUAUUCACUCCCAUCUUAAUUUUUGCACUUUAUCUGUCACAUGAUGGUUGUUAAACAACAAUCAAGAAUAUUUAUCUCAGGUAAAGAUGUGUGACUUAUACUAUGUUUGUUAUAU